UGAAGAGACCCAACAAAAGUCCGAAAACGGCACUUUGUUAGAUGUGUGUUUUCCGGCGAAACUUGCCGGCGUACUUUGACAAAGACACGCCGAUUCUCAAUCCUCCGGUUUAAGUUUCGCAAAGUUUCAGUUUGAGGAUGAAGCGGUUUCAGCUUUGGCUGACCGUUUCGUUACUAACCAAGUUUGAAACCGGCUCAGGUGUGUCCCUCAAACAAUCUUCACGAGCACCACAAAUGAACAAUCACCAGAACAUCUCGACGCUUUUAGAUAAUCUCCUCAGAGGUUACGACAAUAGCGUUCGUCCUGAUUUCGGCGGCCCUCCUGCUGUCGUCGAAGUCGAUAUUAUGGUGCGAAGCAUGGGCCCCAUCUCGGAAGUCGACAUGACGUAUUCAAUGGAUUGCUACUUCCGGCAGUCGUGGGUUGAUAGACGAUUAGCCUUCCCAGGGGACACCAACGAUACUCUGGCCCUUAGUAUAUCGAUGCUUGCAAGGAUUUGGAAGCCAGAUACUUAUUUCUACAAUGGGAAGCAGUCGUAUUUGCACACCAUAACAACUCCCAACAAGUUCGUCAGACUGUAUCAAGACGGGAGGGUGCUUUACUCGUCGAGAUUGACGAUUAAAGCCGGAUGUCCCAUGAAUCUGGAGGAUUUUCCGAUGGAUAUCCAGAGAUGUCCGUUGAAAUUCGGAUCGUUCGGUUACACGGCUCAGGAUGUCCUCUACAGGUGGAACACCGCCAGACAAGUGGCCAUUGCAGAAGAUAUGAAACUGUCGCAGUUCGACCUCAUCGCAACCCCUGCUGCCAAUCACACCGACACCAUCGUCAACAGCGAUACCAAAUCAGCUGAAUAUUCAAUGCUUCUUGUCAGUUUCCACUUGCAACGCCACAUGGGCAACUUUCUCAUCCAGGUGUACGGCCCCUGUGUCCUUCUUGUCGUCCUCUCUUGGGUAUCGUUCUGGCUGAACCGCGAAGCCACAGCUGACCGCGUCUCCCUCGGCAUAACCACUGUAUUAACGAUGACAUUUCUGGGCUUGGAGGCAAGAACCGACUUGCCCAAAGUCCCCUAUCCCACAGCCCUCGAUUUCUUCGUGUUCCUCUCGUUCUCCUUCAUCUUCGCAACUAUUAUUCAGUUCGCUGUGGUCCACUACUUCACGAAGUAUGGUUCCGGCGAGUGCUACUUCAGCUCGGAUUUCAGUUCCGAUUCCAGCAGCGACGAAGAGGAUUGGAUUGAAAGCAAGGAAAAAGCCCCCAAAGACGUGUCGCAUUCUCCUGUGUGCAAAGGCUCAAAUUACGACAGUUCAAACGGAGGCGAUCCUCAUUUCAUUGAAGUGAUUCCUCUGUCAGCGUGUUCCAUUCCAGUGGCGUCGAUGAGGCGCACUUCGCAGCCUUGGAGUAAUCUUUCCUGUAUCAACCGAUCGCAAGAUGAGAAAAAUUAUCACACGAGUCCGAACAAAUCGACUGGAAGUCAAAAAUCGCCAUGUCAAAUUCAAAGACACAGAAAGAAGAAAAAGAAAAGAACCCCGAGAUUUAAUUCAGUUUCAAAGAUAGAUCGAGCUUCUAGAGUAGUUUUUCCCCUACUUUUUGUUACGAUUAAUUUAUUUUAUUGGUAUUCAUACCUAUCGCGGACCAAAAGAAUACAAAAUCUGAAUGUUUCAUAA